UGUCGAUUCGGGCCGCGCAUCCUCGGGAGGGGGCCGAGGGCGGGGCGAGGCGCGGGAGGGGGCAGCGGGCGACGUCAGUCCGCGCCGAGCAGCCGAGCGAGCGCCAUGUCUGCGUGUGCGCCGCGUGCCUGCUGCCGGCCGCGCGCCCCGCCGACGUUGCUCGACAUCACGGCCAAAAUCGUCGCCGCGAACAUCCCAUUCCAACGCAUCGAGGAGCGCUAUGAACGCAUCCCGGAGCCGGUGCAACGCCGCGUCGUGUACUGGUCCUUCCCGAGGGACGAACGGGACAUAUGCAUGUACUCGUCCCUGGCGCGGGCGCCGCCCGAUGACCACCGCAACAUCGCCUUCUGCCGCGGCCUCAAGUUGCUGGAGGCCGGCUGCGUGGAGAGCGUGCUACAAGUCGGAUUUCACUUGAGCGGUGUCGUCCGGGCCCCAGCAGCCGUGCCCCCUUGCUCAGAGCCAGAGCGAUUGUACAGAGUCACUGUCUCCUUCGACAGGUGUAAAAUCACAGGUGUGACGUGCAGUUGUGAGGCGCGGGACAUCUUCUGGUGCCAACAUGUCGUCGCGCUGGCGUUGUACCGGAUCAGGAAUGCUGAUUCUGUACGGUUACGAGUGCCUAUAUCAGAGACGUUGUUGCAAAUGGACAGGCAGCAGCUACAGAAGUUCGUGCAAUAUCUGAUAGCGGAGCACCAUACAGAGGUGCUGCCGACUGCGCAGCGGUUAGCAGACGAGGUCCUGCAGGCCAGGUCAGCGAUCAACAGGAUAUGCGGAGCGCCUGACCCCACUGCUGGGCCACCGCCUGAUGCACAUCAUGCUUGGCACUUGGAUGAGCAGCAGGUCUGCGAACAAGUGCGAGCAUAUCUUUUACAAGGCACUUAUUACAAUGCAAAUAAGCAGCUUAACUCUUUAUUUUCUAAGGUACGAGAAAUGCUUAGGGCGCAAGACUCGAACGGUCCAAGGAUGCUGAUGCUGAUGACAGAACAGUUCCUAUCAGACCCUAGACUCCUUUUGUGGAGGAACCAGAACACGCCCAUGACUGAGAAAUGUAGGCAACUGUGGGAACAGCUGGGAGCACUCUGGGUCAGCAUAGUGCUGGAUCCUGGCAGCAAUAAGCACCAUCGGCUGCAGUGGCGGCAUUUGCUAGAGAAAUGGUCCGCCGUGGAAGUGUGCCCCACUGAAGACCCGGACUACAGAUCAUUUCCACUGUACGCAAGAGAAAGGGAGAGAAGCGAAAGAGAUCGCGACAGAGACCACAGAGACAGGGAUAGAGAACGCCACAGGGAUAGGGAGGAGAGAGAUAGAGAAAGACUGCGCGAGAGAGAAGAAAGAGACAGGGAAAGGCAUAGGGAGCGACAAAGGAGAGACAUAAAUUCACAUUCAGAAAGUUCUGAUGAGGAUUCGAGACCUAAUAAUUAUGAACGUGAAUAUAGGAGAGCUAGUAAAAGAUUGAGACUGCAUAAUCAAAGGCCUGCGACACUACUGACACCGCGUACUGUUUUCCACAAAGCAUUGGACGCAGUCGAUAUCUCGUGGGAGAACGAACACCUAAAGAACAUCCUGAGCAGCGACGAGUACUGCGACCCGGAGAAGCCCGGCAAGUUAGCCAGCGCUGGCGCCGUCACUCCCCAGCCUUACCCCAAAUUCAACGACCUGGGACAACCACUAUGGCAUGAACACUUGCCGGUGGUGGGAGCUCGAAUAGAAGCCCUCAGGGCACACGGGCGGGCGCCCGCGGCUCUGAGACUGGCAGUCAGCGCCGCGCGGGCAAUGCGACAUCGACAGGAAGUAGCCCAACAUCGGUGGCACGAAGUAGGCGCGGGGGAGGCAUCAUCCAGCGGGGGUACUGGCGGGGGAGGGGGCGGAGGGAGCCCCGUGUGCUCAGGGCCAGAGUCGUGCGGCGGUGCGUGCGCAGAUCGCGUCAAACUGUCGCUAGUAUGCGCUCAUAUGGAUUCUGGGGUCUGCCUCACCAGUGGCGCCACCUGUGCGCUGUCGCACUCGCAGCGGUGCAUCGGGAGGGACAGCCGAUGCUGGACGGGCUGGACUCUCGAGGCGAUAUGGUGCGUGUACGAGUGCCUCGCGGACGCGUGCCUCGCGCCCGACGACCAGCGUGCCUCGCCUCGUCUGCACACCGCUUAUUUGGACGAAGAACCAAAUACCGGUCUGCCACCAAGAUAUCAGCACGUACCAGUGGCUGGGAGUAAAAACCCUGAAGAGACUUACCUCGCGUUGGCACUCGAAGCGGCGCUACUGGGUCUCGGCAUGCAGAGAAUGCUGCCCAGCGGUCUGUACGCGCAAGAGCGGUAUUGUAAGCAGGAAGAAAGGCUAAUAGCGCAACUUCAACGCGUAGAAGGCGAGGCAGCGUGGGGCGUAUGCGCGCGUUCAGCCCGCGCGUUACUGGACGGCGGGCCCGCCUCCUGUCUCGGCACGCGCGUACAUCCCCGCUCUGCGCCCGCGCAUACCUUCGCGCGAUAUCUGUUCCUCACGCUGCUGCCCCACGACCCCGACCUGGCCUACCGCGUCGGCCUGCGAGCUAUGAGGUUACCAAUGGUAGAAGAAGCGUACGCGUUAGACGGCGCCAGCAGCGCGCCGGCGACGAUGCCUGGCGGCGCGGGCGCGUGGCACACGCUACAACAUGCAGAGCAACAGCAAGCGGCGUUGGCUAGCGCAUUGUUAGGUGCGGCACGUGGUACACCGGCACGCCUACGCGCGGCGCUAGGUGCGGCACAGCGGCACGUUCGGUCCGCGGCACAAUUGUUCCGACUGGCGCAGGACGCGCUGCGGCACGCCGCGCCGCCCGACGCGCCGCACCAUCACCGCGACCUGCUCGCCGCCGCCUUUGAGCUGGGAUUACAGGUGUUACGUAUGACCCUAUCGUCGGUGAACUGGAGGCGGCGCGAAAUGGUCCGCUGGCUGGUCACUUGCGCCACCGAGCUCGGCCUGGACGCGCUACUGUCCAUCAUGCAGAAUUGGUACGAGUUAUUCACGCCGACGGAAGCAACGGGCCCAGUAGCGGCAGCGGCGAUGUCUCACGCGACCGCACUGCGGCUCGGCCUCACCUUCGAGCAGCAGGAGAAGCUCAGCGCCUGCGCACGAACGCUCGCCUUGCAGUGCGCGGCUAAGGAUCCCCCCGGUUGCGCUUUAAGCGCUCUAUCCGUCUGCGAAGGCUCAGCGGGGGCUUUCGAAGCUGCUUGUGCCGCUGUAGGGGGCGCGGCUGCUAGGGGGGCUUUGGCCUCCAGUCAGCUGUUCGCUGUAGCCAGAUAUAUGGAGCAAAGGGGUCAACCGGCGCGAGCCAUGAGGCUUGCCACGCUGGCCAUGAGGAACCUGCAUCUACACUACAACCAGGACAGCCAUCCAGCGAUAGCAGACAUCCACUGGGCGGUCGCGUUAGCACACUCGCUAGGCCGGGCGGAGCUACAAGCGAUGUUACCGCUUUUAGUGAAGAACGUGCAAUGCGCGCCUGUAUUGUCGGACGUACUACGCCGUUGCUGCGUAGCCGCAGCAGGUUGCUCGCGGUCACGGCCACCGCCACCGCGGCCGCCUACUCCGUUGCGGCCGCUACUUGAGGCCGCGCUACGAGCAUACGCAUCCACUACGCACGCGCGCCUGGCGCACAUCUCGCCCCGCCACUACGCGGACUUCGUGGACUUCCUGGGCAAAGCACGAGACACAUUCGCCUUGGCGCACGACGGACCGCACCAGUUCGCGGCUCUCCUUCAGGAGAUCAAACUCAAAUACAAGGGGAAGAAGAAACUCAUGUUUCUCGUGAAAGAGCGAUUUGGUUGAUCCCUAACCAUGUAGGUACUCACUAUUUAAGCAGCGAACUUGCGAGCAUUUGACGGCAGUAGCCACAAAGAGCUUGAUAAAAAAAAUAUAAAUUGUUAAGUUUCUUUCGUCCAGCAUUCUGCAGGAGUGCGUUAUAUGAUUUUAUAAUUCGAUGCAUACGAUUAAAAAAUCAAAAUCAAUAGGUAGAUAAAGUAACAAUUGAAAUUAGCCUAACUGCCGUUUAAAAACAAUUUGGCUCUUUUCACUAAUUAAAAAAAGCAAUGAGUAUAGUAGCAUAAUUAAUUAACCUGUGAAACUAUUUAGUACUUUCAUUUCUAUUUCAUAGAAAAAGCAUUUCAAAAUGCAGUGUGAAAGUUCUAGUAAAAAAUAUUGGCCCCAAUCUGCAUUUUUGUAACCGAAAUUUAGUAUCGUUAAGAAUUGAGCCUUAUUACAUGUUACCUUCUUGCAUUUUACUGAGGAUUAGUUUGGGAUUAAAAAAUGGAUUAAACAAAUUAUUAGUAAGCCCCAAAAAACAAUAAAAUCUAAAUUCCUAGUAACGGUAAAAUACCUCAUGUGGUAUGAAUGAAUAUACCAAGCCAGUCUAUAUUAAGUAUUAUUUUAUAAAUAAAAAAAAAGAAAUUAAUCAUUGUAGCUGACCUCGUAAUGUCAUUUAUUAAAAUGUAAUGAUCUCAAUGAUUCCAUUUGUGUAAAUAGAUUAGGCGUUGUGUAAAUAUAGUUAGUGUUAUUAAGUUUAGGUAAACAUGUAAUUUAAUAUUUAGUGAUUCUGUGUUAUGUGCUGGAAAAGAUGGCGCCUGCUCUAGCCCAGGCCAGUAUUCCAGAUUAUAUUUUGUUAGUUUUAGCACAAAACACAGAGUCGUAUGUUGUAGGCAUAGUACGCCGUUCAUAUUAUAUAGCGUCCAAUAGCAAUGGAAUAAUCAGUAAUGAAACGACACAACACCAAAGAAAAAUAUAUGUUAUAAGUCCAAACGUGUGAGUGAAGCAAUGCCAUUGUUAUAUUCAGUAUUCUUGAGUAUUCGUAAUUAUGUUUAUUUCUAAUCAGUAAAGAAUAUUUUAUGCGUUUAUUUACAAGAAUGUAACGCAAUUCACAAGUCCACUAUUAAUUAUUUUUUUCUUGGUCCCAUCGUUAUUACGUACAUUAUUUACGUUUUGUCCAAGCUAGAUGGCGCUAGUGUUUUUUUAAACGGUCUUGUUAUUUUCAUAGCCAUCUCCUGGUUGUUUUCAAUAUGCUCCAAAAAGUAUGCUGAUAAUACGGGAAAUUAAAAGUUCUUUUUUUGUGCCGUUUUUAACUUUUUGUCCGCUUAGUUGGAAUAUUGACGAAUCCAUUUAAAGCUUUUAUUUAAGAGGUAUGAUUUUACACCUACGUUUACUUAAAAGCCGAUGCCAAAACUGCAAAUAAAUUAUCUUGCGAAAUUGAUUACAAUGGUAGAUAUAAAAAAAUAACAAAAAAGUGCAUUUAUAAAGAUAGAAGAUGUCUAAUAUUUAAUUACUUAUUUAAUAGAUGGGAUGUGCGGAUAGUGUUCAGGUGUAGUGCAAAAAUGAUAAUGAAAUAGUAAAUUAGGCAUAAAAUAAUGAGGGACUUUUGUACUUUUUGUGGUGUGUGAUAGGGUUGUGCAAACACAAAAAAAUAAUAAUAAAAUAUUUCAACCAAGUUACUGUGUAGCCUCUAAUAAUGAAUCUGUAUACAAGACCUAAGGAAAAACUAAUUCUGUAAAAUAAAUAUUGCCAACCCUGUAUUGUGUCAAAAUAUCAGUAAAUAAUGUAUAAUGAAAAAUGCUAUGACAAAGUAAUUACUCCAAUCGACGUUAGAAUUGUUUAUAAAUAUAUUAAUGUAAAUAAAUUGAAUAUUUUUUUUAGUUAAUAAAUAAUUAACCAAUUUCAAUCACUAAAUUAAUAUUAGAUUGCCACAAAGCUGAUGAAAGACAUGUUUACUAAUAUUUUCUUUGUAGAAAAGGGAAUGGGUACAUUCUAUUUUAUAUAAAAAAAAAGUCCGCUUUUGUUAAAAAUACCAUUUGGCACAAAAAGUUUUGAUGGUUACAGCAAACCUAACCAAUAACAUAGUAUAGAAACAGAAAAUACUAUUCAUACUAUAAAUCGGUACAUAAGUGCAUUUUCCUUUAAAUAUUUUUCUCAAUCUUUCAUUUCUUGUGAUUCUUGACUAGAAACACAGCAACUUGUUAUAUAAAAUAGAAUGUACCCAUUUUCACAUAAAUUUCAAUUCGACUGUUAAACUAAAAUUCCACGACAUAGUGCCUAAAAAUCUUCAUAAUUUUUGUAAAAUGUAUGAAUUACAAAGCGUUAACAUAUAAUUUGUUAACGCUUGUACAGUACCUAAUUUUUAUGUGCAUUUUUAUGCGACUAUUGAUAAAAUGUCAAGCAAUAAUUUUUCAUUCUUGGAACAGUUGAGCAAGUUAAAGUCUUACUAUAUUUCUCAAUCCCAAUAAUGGGCUGAGUGAAACUUAUGCCGCGUUGAUUGAUAUAAAGUCACAAUUGUCACAUCAAAUACAUAGUGAAUUGUGUAAAAUUUUGACAAAUGCUUACUUUUACUCGUCACAUUAAACUGUGUAUCAAGCAACGGGGCGUAAGCUAACAAAUAUGAAACUAAUAAUGCUAAACUUUACUUGGCUCGACUGUCCAAACCAUUGCCAAAUGUGGUUAAGGGCUAUAUUAUAUCGUGUUACUUCAAUCUCUGCUCUAGCAACCUGUUUGAGAAGAGAAAGUGACAAUACUUGCAUAACAUAAUUUUUCAUGUUUAAUAAUUUUCUUGAAGCCGGUCUAUGUUAAAUAUUUUUGCAAUAUCCUACACUCAAAAGCACAUCGGGACCCAAAACAGAACAUGUAUUAUCUUAUAUACAUAUAAAGUUGAAUAUGUUUUAUCGUAUCGUCUAAGAGUGCUUUUGAUUAUGGGUACAAGAAAACGCAAGGGAAAUUGCAAUAAAUACCAUAGUAAAAUGCAUUACUGUAGUCGAUUUGUUAAAUACUUACACCAAUGAUGUUUUAUUCUAUUUAACAUUUCUAACAGGUUCGUAGUAGUCAGAAUAGGCAAGGACACUGCUUGGACUGCCGCCUGACAACUUGGCUAACCUAAAUCAAUUCAAGUAUUCCUUGUUAAAGUCUAUUGUCUGAAACUUUCAAAAAAUUUGCGUUUACCCGCAACCACUAAACUAAAGCUCGCAUAACCAUGUCUUUGCGUCUUAUGUCCAAUUUCUUUUUUAUGACUUGCCGAAUUAUAUCACAAAGCAAGUAACUAAAUGAUACUAUAAGUGCCUUCAGGCAAGUCUUAAUUCGAUGUUUGUAACUAGUGUGAAUUUUACUUUCGUUAUUACAUUGAGGCGCAAAUGAGUACACUGCGCUGGCCAAAUUAUGGCGCCAAAGUGACACCUUGUCUAAAUAAUUUUAAAUGGUAAUUUUUAAAUACGGUCACGUUUAUGUAAUCUUACAAUGGUGUCGAUUCUGGCGUGAUUCUCUAAACUUAAAACUAAAUUUAACAUCAAUCUCUCCUUUUCAUUCCAUAUAGAGAAUGAUACUGUUGUCAGAUUUAAGUUUAGGUGUAGAGAAUCGUGUCAGAAUUGACACCAAUAUGUUCCCAUCAGGUAGCGUUCCGUGCACAUAGAGUGUAUGAGCUUAAGUCCGACUUUGCAUUUAAUGUUUACAAUCUUACCUUUCUUUGGAAACAGAAUUUAAAUUGGCUAUAAAAUAAAGCAGCAAAUAACUUUACAUUACUAUUAUUAGGGAUUAAUUGAAUGUAUCAUCUUUUUCGUCCCCUCUAAUAAUAAAACACAAUUUUACAUAUCCGCGACCGAAUAAUUCGAUAUUGAACAAGAAUACACAAGAAAAACUCACAUAAAGACCGGCUGUAUAUUUUUACUUCCUAUUAGGUAUCUUCUCUGUUUAAUUGUACUGUACUUUUAUUUACUUAUUCUGUGACUGUACCCUACUUAAUGUCGAUUGUAAUAAUUUUUUAAACAUCUUAUUGUGUUGUACGUAAAACGUGGACACCCUUCAGUGCUGGUAUUAUGAUGGUGAUAAUUUCAAUAUAAAUAAUUGAAAAAUACUGAAAAUUUAUUGUUUUUU